UGUCUCCGGCAUCUUGGAAGCCUACCCUUGGGUCCUUCCUUUCUGUGGCGCAGCCCACAUGGUUUCGCACGUGGCCUUCAAAAACCAGGGCUAGUGUUGCCCUUUUGCUUGUUGCCUCGAUUUAAAAGGAACAAAAACGAAAAGGGCUUUUAGUUGAAAAUGCAGCGCAAGAAGGUGGAUAAUCGCAUUCGAGUUCUGAUUGAGAAUGGAGUGGCUGAACGGCACAGGACACUCUUUGUUAUAGUUGGUGAUCAUGGCAAAGAUCAGGUGGUCAUUCUUCAUCAUAUGUUGUCUAAAGCAGCUGUAAAAGCCAGGCCAUCCGUAUUGUGGUGUUAUAAGAAAGAGCUGGGCUUCAGCAGCCAUCGUAAAAAAAGGAUGAGGCAGUUGCAAAAAAAGAUUAAAAGUGGGACUUUAGACCUGAAAGAAGAUAAUCCGUUUGAGUUGUUUGUGGCAGCUACAAAUAUUCGGUACUGUUACUACAAUGAAACACACAAAAUUCUUGGGAAUACUUUCGGCAUGUGUGUCCUUCAGGACUUCGAAGCUUUGACACCAAACCUGCUGGCUAGAACUGUGGAAACUGUGGAAGGUGGUGGCAUAGUUGCAAUUCUUCUGAGAACAAUGAACUCUCUAAAACAGCUGUACACGAUGACCAUGGACGUACACUCUCGAUACCGAACAGAGGCCCAUCAGGAUGUAGUAGGCAGAUUUAAUGAGAGGUUCAUUCUGUCUCUGGCCUCUUGUAAGAUGUGCAUGGUAGUUGACGAUCAGCUCAACAUUCUCCCAAUCUCCAGCCACAUUGCAAACAUAGUACCUGUUCCUCACCAGUCUCAGGAAGACAUCUUGAGUCCUCAGAAUAUGGAGCUGAAGGAGUUACAGGAGAGUCUUCAGGACACACAACCUGUUGGAGUGCUGGUUGACAGCUGUAAGACUCUGGAUCAGGCAAAAGCACUACUGAAGUUCAUUGAAGCCAUUUCUGAGAAGACGCUGAGAAGCACUGUGGCUUUAACAGCUGCCAGGGGGCGUGGUAAAUCAGCAGCCUUAGGACUGGCCAUAGCUGGAGCAGUGGCUUUUGGCUACUCCAACAUUUUCGUCACAUCUCCUAGUCCAGAUAACCUCCACACCUUGUUUGAGUUUGUAUUUAAGGGCUUUGACGCCCUACAGUAUCAGGAGCACUUGGAUUAUGAGAUCAUUCAGUCGCUCAACCCAGAAUUUAACAAAGCAGUUGUUAGAGUGAAUAUAUUUAGAGAACACAGACAGACUAUCCAGUAUAUACACCCUGCUGAUGCUGUGAAACUGGGUCAGGCUGAACUUGUAGUGAUUGAUGAAGCUGCUGCUGUUCCUUUGCCCCUGGUGAAAAAACUGCUUGGCCCUUACCUUGUAUUUAUGGCUUCUACAAUCAAUGGCUAUGAAGGCACUGGUCGUUCCUUGUCUUUGAAGCUGAUCCAGCAGUUACGGCAACAGAGCAUGCAAGCCCAAGCCAGUGUGACAGCAGAGAACAAAUCGACGGCAACCACUAAACUCUCCUCAGUACGUACACUGCAUGAAGUUUCCCUCCAGGAAUCCAUUCGGUAUGCUCCAGGAGAUUCUGUUGAAAAGUGGCUGAAUGAUUUGCUGUGCUUGGAUUGUCUCAACUUCACUAGGAUUAUAUCUGGCUGCCCACUACCUGAGACCUGUGACUUGUAUUAUGUAAAUAGAGACACCCUCUUCUGCUAUCACAGAGCAUCAGAAGCUUUUCUUCAGAGGCUGAUGGCUCUGUAUGUGGCCUCUCACUACAAGAAUUCUCCCAAUGACCUCCAGAUGCUUUCAGAUGCUCCUGCUCAUCAUCUCUUUUGCCUUCUGCCACCAGUUCCACCAACCCAGAAUUCCUUGCCAGAGGUGCUUGCUGUUGUUCAGGUGUGUUUAGAGGGUGAGAUCGCCCGUCAAUCCAUUAUGAAUAGUAUUUCUAGAGGGAAGAAAGCAUCAGGAGAUCUUAUACCAUGGACCAUUUCAGAGCAGUUCCAAGAUCCAGAUUUUGGCAGUCUCUCUGGUGGGAGAAUUGUUCGCAUCGCAGUCCAUCCUGAUUAUCAAGGGAUGGGUUAUGGUAGCAGGGCUUUGCGCUUGCUACAGAUGUACUAUGAAGGCAAGUUUCCUUGCUUGGAAGAGAAAGUUGCCCAGAAGCCAAGAGAAAUUACUACUGUGAGCAGCGAGGCUGUCAGUUUAUUGGAGGAAGUGGUGAUGCCUCGGAAGGACUUGCCUCCUCUCCUUUUCAAACUGAGUGAGAGGCAAGCAGAGGAACUCGACUACCUUGGCGUGUGUUAUGGCUUGACACCAAGGCUACUCAAGUUUUGGAAACGAGUUGGAUUAGUACCAGUUUAUCUGAGGCAGACUCCAAAUGAUCUGACUGGGGAGCAUUCCUGCAUCAUGCUGAAGAUGCUGAAUGAAGACGAGGAGAAUGAGCAGGAGAGCUGGCUGACUGCCUUCUGGAAAGAUUUCAGGAGGAGGUUUCUGUCUCUCUUGUCAUUUCAGUUUAGCACUUUCUCACCUUCAUUAGCUUUGAAUAUUUUACAGAACCGGAAUAUCAAGGAGUACCCACAACCCCCAAUCAGCCGUAGUGAAUUAGAAGCUGUUUUUAUUCCAUAUGAUCUGAAGAGACUAGAGAUGUAUUCAAGGAACAUGGUUGAUUAUCAUCUAAUUAUGGACAUGAUCCCUACUAUUGCAAGGAUGCACUUUCUCAGUCAGCUUGGAGACAUAACCCUUUCUGCUACACAGUCUGCUCUUCUUCUUGGGAUUGGCUUGCAGCACAAAUCUGUGGAUCAAUUGGAGAAAGAGAUAGAACUGCCUAGUGGUCAGCUGAUGGGUCUCUUUAACCGGAUCAUACGCAAAGUUGUUCAGUUAUUCAACACUAUCCAAGAAAAAGCUGUGGAAGAGCAGAUGGCAACAACAAAGGAAGUUGUAAUGGAGCCAACUCUGAAAUCAUUAAAUGAAGAUUUGGAAGAAGCAGCAAAGGAAUUUCAGGAAAAACACAAGCAAGAGAUUGGGAAGCUGAAAGAUCUCAACUUUUCACAAUACGUAAUCCGAGGUGAUGAUGAAGAAUGGAACGAAGUGCUGACCAAAGCAGGACAGAACACCUCCAUUAUCAGUCUGAAAAGUGACAAAAAAAGAAAAUCAGAAGCUGUAAUAGGACCAAAACAGGAGAAGAAAUUCAAGAAUAAAGCCCCAAAGCAAAAGUGGAAGAAAUGACCCCCAAAUCAACUUGUGGACCAAAGCUCUUAUCUCAGAGGCAUCCAGCUUAUUUUAUAAAGCCAGUGACUAAAAGCUAGGAAGAAGCUGUACCUUAGAGUGGAAAGGUUUGAAACAUUUAAAAAACACUGCAUGAAGCUGUUCAGAAGAUAUUUUUAUAUUGCUGCCAGGUCCGUAUUUGUGCUACAUUAAAAGGGACGGUAGAACAGCACACUGCAUUAUUACCAGAAAUCCUGACUGUUAAGGUCUGCAAAACUCUGCUUUCUGAGCCUAAGAGACUCAUAAGCAUCCUUCUUAUUUCUUUAUGAUUGUUGUUCUUACUGGUGAUUUUUGGAGGAAGGCCUAGAUUUCAGUUUGUGUGUUUAUUUUUUUUUCUGCAGUUCUUACAGUGGGGUAUACAGCAAUAAGAUUUUGAAUCGUCAGCUUUAUGAACCUGUCCACUGGACUUUAUUAGGCUUUUUGAUUAAAAAAAAGAAAAAAAAAUCCAGCCUAGGAUGUGAUUAAAUUGUCUACUGAAUACUGUCAUCACUACACAUUUCCAGGGUCACUUCUGAACAUCAGUAGUUGGUUCAGCCCCUGUGGUCUGCUGGUACUAUGCAAAACAGAAUAUGGAGAACAUAUUAGUGUUCCCAUAUCCUUUCCCUGAGUUGCAUCAUUCCUGUGUCUCAGUUUGCACCACAGGGUACAUAGUUGGCACCACAUCACUACAGUAGAUAAGAAAAGUCAUGAUUGUGUGUUGGAAGCUGAAAGAAUGAUGGAGUGUAUUUGGAUGCAGCACUACACCAAGGAUAGCAAAUAACCCUGUAGGAGUGCCUUGUUGGUGCUCUUGUUUUCAUGCAUAGUGUACUGUUUGUAUUGCUGGAUAGUGUGUCAGGGUUACCAAAUCAGAACCUAGCACAGAACUCAGGGUCAUAAGACUAUCUCCCUUGUCUCUGUUUUUCCUCCUUGCCACUUGAAUACAAAUUUCUGGUCCUUAUAACUGAGAAAAUGGUAGAAAAUGCAUCAGCAUUGCCUUGUUUCCCUUUUUUUUAACGGUUGACUCAUUUGAUCUAAAGUCUCAAGUGAGAUUAUUUUUCUUUUUUUUCCCAUCACCAUUAUCACCGCCAUCCAUUCUAUAUAUUAUUAUAUAUUUAAAAUUCUGAUUUAUUUCUAAAUUUGAGAUUAACUCGCACAUAUUCUUAACCCCAUCAUAUAUAUUUAAUCUUUUCCUUACGCACAGUCAUCACCAAGAAGAUCUUUUCUGUAGCUAGAGUAGUCCAGAUAUCAUCAUCCUUUAAUACCGGUAAAAGUGGUGCAACCUUGGUUCUGUUAACAGAUGCUAAAUUUCUCAGGAUUGGAUACAGUCGUUUUCUCUAAGUAGAUCAUAACAUGGACAAAACAAGACCAUAUGAUCUGUUUCAGGUUCUGUCUAUCCACAUAUACAAUAUCCAUCCUGGAAUGUGAUCUUCAUAUAGUGGGCCCCUCAGAAUGGCUGAUGGGAGUGCAUUCGUCCUGGCUAGAAAAAAGAUUCAGCUAUAGGCAGGAAGUGUUUGAAAUUUCAAAUAGGCUGGCAAGGCAGAUGGAGAUUGGAAACCACUGAAAAUAAUGAACAAACCCUGUAUGCUAGAAAGGGUGUGCUUAUCCUGCAAUGCCUGGUGAAAUUACAGAAGCUGGAAGAAAACUGGGCAGGAACUCCGGUGCUCUAUGAUUGCAUGACAUGAUGGAUGUUAUUUCAGUGCUCUGCAUAGCUCUAUUCCUAUGUCAUUGUCACAGUUCCCUGGGCCUUUAUUUUCCCAAUGUCUGCAGAAAAAAAUUAAACCAAGUUCUUAGAAACAGAUUUUUAAACGGCAAGAUAAAGCUGCCUUAAUCUCCAGGCCAGCAGUGUCCACCGGGAAGGUUCUACCAUGCCACAAAUAGGGAGGAUGUAGUUUCAGAAUCCUUAGCUCUGUGUUUUUGUUGGCCAGUGGAGCAGGAUCAGCACCUUUUUAUUGCUAUACACAUUCAAAGCACAUUUUCCAACUCAUUUUAGUUUGGAUUGAGCCAGUUUCCUUUGGCCUGAGCUAUUUAGAGUUUGAGGUCUGACUUGCCAGCAGUGAUCAACAGGUUUCUGAAGAACUAGGCAUGAUUGCAAGCCUCAAAUGUUCCAAAACUGCAGGCCACCAAAAUCACAAAUUUAGCUUAUAGCGGAAUUUUUUUAGAAAGGUUUCUUUUGCUUGUGACUUUUUUAAACUUUUGGUUUUUGGGAUGGUUAUAGGUUUGUUUUUAAAGCUGCCCUCUGAAGCUUUGACAGCUAAGGACAUCCAGCUUAACAGGAGAAAAGGGAUCCUGUUCUAAGUGUGAGCAAAGAAUUAAAGCAUAAACAGAAAUAUGAAUCAUGAGUUACAACAGCUAGAAAUGGUCACCCUGGCACAGGAAGUCAACAUUUCCAUGAUGUGCACCAAGACACAUGAUUACAUGCCUGAAAAUAUAAAGAAUAAUAGUUCAUCUAAUGUACUAGCGGGGCCCAGCCACGCGUUGCUGUGGCAAUUGUCCUUCUCAUCACAGUCUGCAACCCACACAGAUGUCCA